CGCUCAUGUUGGUGAAACAAUUUUUUAGACAUGCAUCUUUCUGCGACACAGGCAUUUAGUUUUACUAGCAAAUCAGAAGUUAAACCAAUCCCUUAUAAGAGAUAUAGACACAUAAAUUGUAAUGUAUGGCGACACAAGAUAUCUCAUGUUUCAGAUUCUUUUUGAAUUCUCACAUGCCUUAUGUAAGAGCCAUAGCAAGUCCUUGGUGGCUGGUUUGCCAUUCUUGUCACCUUUUCAUUAUGAGGGAUUUUCCAGUGGCUGUUCACCACUAUUAACUCAAAUUUUAAUAAGUUGUUCUAAAGGUUGGUUUAUAUAAUUCCUUGCUCUUUUGCUUCCAAGUUUCUACUUCUGGUACCAUUGCUUUACAAACAGGCAUGGACAAACUUUUUUGCAUUGGGGCUGUCUGGUGGAAGAGGGUGUGGGCUGGGCCUGAACGCUGAAAGGAGGGCUGGAGGAAAGAGGCCAAAGGGCCACAUCCGGGCCGUGGGUCUGGGUUUGUCCAUGCCUUAUUUACAAGGUAAGUAUACCCCCUCAGUCCCAGUGUGACCUGAGAGGUUCCCCAAUCAGGUCCAGUAUGAUCUUCCUCCUAGUCAUGGUGCAGUGGACAGGGACUUUAAAUAUCCCUGCUAAUGUGCCGUGGAUGGGAUUGAAAUCAGGCCCAGGCUUUCCUCUUUUGCUACUCCUUAUUGGUCAGCUGGAGAGCAGAGCGGGGCUUCGGGUGAGAAGAGCAGGAUAGAAAUGAUGGAAAUAAAUAAAUAAAUAAAUACAUUUCCCUUCCUAUUUCAGUGCUUUGGGGAGUGAGGUUUAAAACUGUGUACGUCACAAAAGGGCACUUCAUGAAAAAGCAUAUAGCUAUAUCCAUAUAGCUAUAGAUUUGUAGAAUUAUAAUUCUGAAGUGGGCUCUCAGUUAAUUGGAACUAAAGCAACUAGAACUCCCAAGCAGAACUCCCAAAAAAAUCAAAGAGAUAAUACAGCAUUCACAAAACCGUUUUUAUAAAACAGUAAAACUGUGUUAUAUUACCGUAUAUACUCGAAGAUAAACUGAGUUUUUCAGCCCUUUUUUGAGCUGAAAAAGCAUCCCUCAGAGUAUAAUGGGGUCAAGGCAGGGCAGCGGAGCCUGGAGGCCAUUUCUUGCAAUAUAUGAUACAUUUCUCUCUUCUUACCGUUCCUUAUCAGUGUGUUUUCUUUUCCAAAGGCUCCCUCUUAACCAAGGGGUUUUGAAAAGGGAAAGGAGAAGGAGAGAAGCCCUUGCAAGUCAGGAAGAAUAAAAAUAUAUAGCCAUUAAUCUUAUAAAAGCAUUUCCCUCUGAAAUAUUUGUUAAUCUCUCCUACAGAUAUAUAGGCAUUUCCUCCUGCAAGCCUUUGCAAUCCCGAUGUACCUCUAUUUAUCUAUCUACAUACAUUAAUUUCAUAUAUGAAUUUUCCCCUCACAUAUUUGCAGGUCUUUGCAAAUCCUAUAUACAUACACAUAUCUAGAGAUGUCCAUGUACCUGUAUGAUACUGUAUUUCUUUUUGGCUUCUAUAGUCAAUAUUAUGGACAAUAUUAUGGAUACUAAUUAUUUUCUAAUUAGCAUUAAAGUAGUGGAAUCAUCAAAACUAGUAGCUGGUGCCAAUGGUAGUAGAUUGAAAUGAGCAUAAUUCUCCUCUACUGAACAGAUGUUUCUCACACUAUUGCUGACUUUCUAAAUAUAAUAGUUUCUUAGGCAUGCACAUUUAGACGUUAAGUCCUACUGGAUUUCUAGGACGUAUACCUAAGGUAACUGUGCACAUGUCAUGAAGCUGCUCCUUAAAAUCCAUGGAGACUUUACUGUUUCUGGUUUGAAGAAAGCAUAUGCCUGCUAGGCCAAGAUUCCUUAUGAGAUUUUUAUUAUGCCAUCUCAAGUCAACAGGCAAUUGUUGCUUUCACAUCCUGUUCCUUUCAUCACCACCACAGUUAUAACUUUAAAGAAAAGCACAGUACGUUUGCCACUGCCAGUUUUACUGUAAAGGGAGUUUACAGUGUAUGAAUACAAGGGAAGUCUUGAUACUGUAAAAAAAAAAAAUGAGAAUGACCAAGCCAGUUAAACUAGUUUCUAAGCUGGAACAGGACACACCCUGAAAAGCUCUGUGCCUCCAAUCGGGAAACUCUCUGUGACCAUUUGUCAUGGGUGGCUUUGCUUCAAGCUAGCCUUUUUUCUCCUCUGAUGGGGAAAUGCUACUUAUUGAGAGAGUCCGGCAUUGCAUGGACUUAAACUGGCUCUAAAAGACAUUGAUUUUAAGAAAAUUUGCAUGAAAGCUCUAGCAUUGAAAAGAAGAUGGGCCAAAAAGUCUCACAAGAACCAAACCAAGAGAAUAAGGCUGACAUCCUGGUCAUAUGUGAUGUAUUUAGCCAAGGAGUGGUUUUUGCAUCACAGAAGCUGAAAGAGUAUCUUGGAUUUGAAGACCCGCAAAGCAAAUUCCGCCCAUGUACUGAUACCCUCAAUGAGAUUUUUUUGUUGCAUUUCAUUAGUUUCUGUGUCGAGAAAGGAGUAGAAGAGCGUAUCACCACCAGCAAGAUGACCAAGCAGCAGUCCUUGCUUUUCGGCGUCGACUGGGUCUGGACUCUGUCAGGAUCCGACAAGCAGGUCAGGCUUCAAAUUGCUGUACAGUCUCUGCAGAUGGCCGAUUUGCCCAAUGACUGUGUUGAAGUUGUCGGCUGGGACAAAGAGGCCCUGUUAGCUGAUGAGCAUUUCCGAAAUAAGACCCCAUUUGAAAAGCUGGAAGAAUUCUGCACACUGGUGGGCCACGACUGCCUUGGUUUGUUCAUCAUGUUUGGGGUUCCUGGCAAGCCCAAAGAUAUCCGAGGAGUUCUUCUUGAGAGUAUCAGAAAGGACAAACAGAAAAACCUCUUGUCUGGGGAGAACUUGUUAAGGCAAUUUGUUUUGAACACUGAUAGCUUUCUCCCUACUAGAGAGAUGUUGGAGCAUUGCCUCUCUAAGAAAAAUGGGUUGAAGGAAGUAAGUAAGGUUUAUAUUAAUUUUCUCUAGCCUCGCCAAGAUUUCAACCUCAGUGGUCAUUAGCAUUUCACUUACAAGCCUUGGUGCACCAGCAACUUUUCUGUAUUUAGACUUACAAAUAUCAGUCUAAUGUCUUUUUUGCCAGCAUGGAUCAGUUUGUAGGACUGCACCAAUACUGCAGUGUAUCUUCAAUUUGUAAUUCAAGAAAACGGAUUUUCCAGAUAGUAUACUUCCAUAGUUUUUAGAGAAUUCUAUUCUUGAAUAAAUAUCUGCUCAUUGGAUUCUGCUAAAAUAUUGUAUAUUCCAUUAAUUUUACUUUGGAAGUAAAGCCAGAACUUUUAAAAUGUAAGUUAGAUCAUGCAAGAAAAUGUAAUCAUGAAUGAACUGUAACAGGGUUUAUAAUGAAGGGUAAAAUGUGUAGCCAUUUAGUAAACAUUCCAAAUGUGAAGGGAUUGUUAUUUCGCCUUUCAACACCAGAUAUUGACAUGUUGAGAGGACUUGGCAGAUUUCUCCAAGAACUAUUGGGAUUUAAAAGUUUCGGUCUUGAAUUCUCACUCUGCGUCUAUAGUUGUGGAUUUCAAAAUUUCCAUAUGGUUAUAUUCUUGUUCAAAGACACAAGUGCGUCCUUAGCCAGGGAAGCUAUUAUUUUCUAUAUAUCAUUGUGUGUACCCUUUCUGCAACUCAAAUAGAGGAAUUGUUGUUUGAUUCGCAUCAACAGUGUUGGCAGAAGAUGUGGUGCAGUUUCUGAAGAGCUAUAUAUUUCCUUCUUUAGAACAGAGCUGUAAGUAUAGCAUGAGAAUUUGGUUUGCAAGUUAAGGCCCCUGCCAUAUAAUCUACUUUAUCAAAAACAGAAACCACAUUAUCUGCUUUGAAUUGGAUUAUAUGAGUCUACACACUGCCAUAUAAUCCAGUUGAAAGCUAAUAAUCUGGAUUUUAUAUAGCAGUGUAGAAGGGGCCUAAGAGUAACACACCCCUAUUUUUUCUACAGACAUUGGCUAGUGCUGAGAGAUUGCUAAACUAGGUUUUCAGAGUCUUGUAGUCAAACAGAGUGAUGUCCAGGUUCAAUUGUAUAGUCUGUUAUGGCUUGAAUAGGCUCAAAGCUGAUUGGGAGUACACAACAAGAUCUUUGGGAAAUACUUUGAUAUACUUUCAUUAGUGUGAUUUUAAUUGCCUUCGAAUGGGAAAUGUUUUCGUACUGUUAAACGCCUGUAUUUUUCUCUGAGUGUGCCUUCAAGUUGACAAUUCUUAAGGCAACUCUGUCACAGGGAUCUGCUGGCAAGAUCUGUUCAGAGUGGGUUUCCCUUCCCCUGAGGCUGAGAGAGUUUAUUGGCCCAAAGUUACCCAUUGAGAUCCCUCAAAUCCUGGUGUCCAUGGUUAUCAUCCAACGCUCAGAAGAGCACCUUGCUGUAAAAAAUAAUGUUAAUACUUCAUUUCUUGGAAACCCAUCAAAUAUAAACUUAAAACCCUCUUCGCUUCCUCUUAUGAUAUGAUGUCCUGAGAGACUAAUAUACAAGGAAUUUCUACUGAAAAAAUGAAGAUGCCUCAAUUCUGAUUGAAGAGGCCUCCAUUCUUUUGAUUGUUUGUGGAGAGGCAUCAGCAUUGCUGCCUUCAAAGGUAGUGGGCACCAGGAGAUUGUGGUCUGAUUCAAAACAUACAGCUACAUCCAACAUAGUUCCACGCCUUUUUUGCCUCUGCUGUUAAGCUAAAACUAGCUUAAUCACUGUGUAAGUCAACAGUGUUACUGUUUAGGCGGUCAUGGUGCAGUAUAAUCUAACAGCUGUCAUUCAAAUUAUGUUUGUCUAGAAAUAUAACAGCUAACUGCAAGUUGAGCCUGACUCAUAAUCUUAAAUCCUUCCCCUCUUUUUGACGACCGAUAAAAGGGAGGAGUAGGAAAUUAUUGUCAUUUGGAUAAUUCCCAGCUGUUACAACAAACAAGAAUGGUCUGCAUCUGACUGCUUCCCCCAAUUAGACCACUGAAUCAGCAGGCUUUAUUCCCCAUUCAACAAACGAAUCAAUACACCUACUUUAGUAGGGACUGACAAUUCAGCGUUCUCCUUUGUGAGUCACCUUGAAUAAAAUUUUUAAACAUUUAAAAGCCUUCAUGAAGCAAAAUAAAAGCCAUGAAAUAUAUUAAGCAAUUUUUUUUAUUUCUACCACAAAUAGUUGGAAAAAUGCUGAAUAGGCAGGAUAAGUAAUACAAAACGCUCCGUGUGAACUGAGUCAAUGACACCAAUAGUACAUAUAAUAAAAGUUAAGGCUCUUCUGCCCACAGUGAUACAAACAUGAAGCAAAAAAAGUCAAUGACAUUGCUUAUUGUUUACUGCAAGAACUUAAGUCAAUUGAGACAUUUCGUGCACACUGCUACAGAACUGUUCCCAAGUUUCUCACUCUUUAUGCUUGAUCUUCUAAUAUUGAGAGCCAAACUAUAUGGGAUGAUGCCAUUUGUAACUGUUUGAAGAGUAAAGUGUAGACAUGAGGCAUCUACCAAGAUCUGGUGGCCUUUUAAAAAUGCUUUUGCUCUCUGGUAUUCUUCCAGCACAACUAAUUCCCUUGUCCUUGUCCUUAACUUUUUAAAAUGGCAGCUUUGUACACUUGGCCCUGAGAAAACCCUUAUCUGUCAGAUUACUGCAAUUUAUUCCUUUUAGAGGACGGAAUGAUAUUCAAUGCCAAGGUUAAUAAAGUUCUGAGAUUUUUAGCUCUCAAAUCUCAAGGAAGAUGUGCUAACUUUUGAGCUUCUACAAUUUGUUAACCAACUUGAAAUCACAAUAAGAAGCCAUGGGUUGAUGUUUGUGUGUGGACUGUGGCUUUUAAAUGGCUUCCUUUUACUUUCAGAGCCAUGGUUUGUCCCUGCCUUAUUUCCUUAGUCUUAAGAAGGUGUUGACAAAAGGGCCAGGAGAAAAAGUACAAUUCAGCUGUAACUUGUUUCUUUAGUAGAUAAUUCAUGGCUAAAGCAACAGGGAUAAACCCUGGCUUAGCAUGAUUUAUAACAUGACACAGAAAAUCGUCAAAAGCACCAAAUAUUCCUCACAUUGUGUAUGUAAUUUCAAAAAAUUGAAGUGUUACAUUUUCAUUACUGGAGUCAUCCAAUGGAUACUAUCUCACAUUAAAGAUUCAUAUCUAGACACAUUUCAUAUUAACAUUUUUUGUGAUAUGGAUAGUGACCAAGAGACUAAACGCAAGUUCUCCUUCUGAAAUGAGUGAGAGACACCCAAGACCAUUUUACUAUACAAAACUGUCAAUCUAUUUAACUGUGAUUUGU